AUGUCCGAAUUUUCGACGGAAGCCUUCACGCUUCUUGGCGUAGCCAUCGCUGUUGUCUUCCUGCGAACAUACGCGCGGGUGAAGGCCGUUGGCCUUAGGCAUCUGCAGGCAGAUGACUACCUCAUGCUCUUCGUCGCAGUCACAUACUCCGCUGAGACCGCAUUGGCUUACAGCGUGGGAGCCUAUUGGCUCGGCCUCGCAAACAAUGGCAUGACCGACGAGGCGAGAAGGAAUCUGGACCCCAACAGCGAAGAGUUUAGGCUCAGAGUCAACGGGUCAAAGACUCAGAUCGCGGGAUGGAUAACCUACAGCUGUCUCGUGCUAUGGCCUGCCAAAGCCGCCAUGUGCACUUUUUACGUGCGGCUUACUGAAGGACUGCACAACUAUCGUAAACGGAUCAUUUGCGGCUUUGUACUGAUUGUAGUGACAUGGCUGACGGUGCUUCUUUCCAUCAUCUUGGGCUGCCGCCCGAUGCACAAGAACUGGCAGAUCUACCCUGACCCAGGCAAUUUCUGCCAACCGGCCAUCUCGAAGAUCAACAUCCUCGUCACUGUCGUCCUCAACGUCCUCACAGAUCUCUACCUCCUGAGCAUCCCAAUCCCCAUGCUGUGGGGUGCGCAACUGCCAUUGAGGAAGAAACUUGGUCUCAUUGUGCUGUUUUCAGGAGGCAUAUUCGUGACCAUGGCUGGUAUCCUGCGCUGUGUUCUCAUCAUCACGAACCCUGUAACCGGCGCACAGCAGGCAGGCUCCUGGGCCGUCCGCGAAACCUUCGUCGCGAUCGUGACAACAAACCUCCCAAUGAUCUUUCCCCUUGUCCGCCGCUGGCUUAGCCCCGUCUUCGGAACCAUCACGACCACCUUUUCGCGAGGCACCAACAAAUACGGAACCUCGAAGCGAAUGGAUCUCCCGGCCCCCGGAAGCAUCAAGCUCGACGACGUCACGAACGGUAGCAGCAACGGUAACAAGAAGAAGGGCCGUCAGCCUUUUAGCCAGUACCCCAUCACCGAGUUUACAUUGUCCGGAAGUGAGGAGCACCUCAACAAGUCAGCGUCUCAGCCUGGGGGUAUUAGUGUUAGCAAGAACGUGGAGGUCCGAGUCGAGGAGACAAAGAGGGAUGCUGGGAGUAGGGGGAAGGGAAGUAUGGAGAGUAAAAUGGAGAAGGGGGAUUGCCACUACUCGGUUAAUGUUGAUGGAUGUGGUAACAGGCCGCCGAGGGCGAUAAAAACUUCGAGGUAG